AAACAUUAAUCCGACUUCCCUUCAGCUCCUCCUGCUUCAGAAGUUCCUUCGUUUGCCUUUUAUUUUCUCAUUAGAGAAGAGAACCAAUACCAUUUUUUAAAGCAGCCAGCAGCCAUGGGUCGACGCUUCCUUCCUGUGCUUCUCGUCGUCCUGACCUCAAUGGCAGCCAUGGCUGCAGCCACAAACUGGGUCGUUGUUCCAAAUGUUGAGAAAGACAGCCAUGUUCAAAGCUUGGGCAAGUAUGUUGUAGACACACAGAACAACCCGUACCUCAAAUUCAUAAAGGUGGUGUAUGCAGAGGUGUUGAACCGUGGCACUGAGCACUAUACCUACAAGCUGGUCAUUUGCCUGGUAGAAGGAACCCGCACUGCAUAUUACUCCAGCGAAAUCCUGCAGGACCUUGGGGCACCCAACCAGCCACCAGUGCUCAACAUAGCCUCCUUCAACCCUACCUCCUACUCGCCUAAGCCAAACCCCAACUGGAUCACCAUCCCUAACGAUGGACGUGCCUGGAACUUGUGUUCCUUUGCUGUGAAGAGGUACAACAGCCAGAACCAUGCUUCUCUCAGGCUCUCGGAGGUGGUGUUUGGGCAGAUGUUGGAUCGCGGCACUGAGCAUUUCACCUACCACUUCACCAUUAGGGUUUCCGAUCGAUAUUACGUGGAGAAGACAUACAAGAUCGAAGUGUUCCAAGACCUGUCGGCACCAGGCCAGCCACCGGUCCUCAACUUGGGAUACUUCCAAGCCCUCUAGAUUAAUUACUGUUGCCUCAAAACAGUUUUAUAUGUAUUUGCUUCAAGAAUAAAUGCUGCGGCAUAAACUUAAAAUGUAAUAAGUGAAUGUAAUUGCACGUACACAGUGCAAUGGUUGUAAUGCCUCCUUUGAAUAAAUUUGUG